GUCAACGUUAUGGACUACGACGUUGCUGCCAUGCUCAAGGAGAAUGGAGAUGCUAUGAACUUUCGGUACAAACUGUCGAGCAAAAGCAAAUUGAAUUGCUUUGUGCCAAAGGCGGUGGAAUCGAGUGCAGACAUGCACAACCUUCGAGGGACUAUUUUGGGAGCUGCCUUUGCUGAGCACUUUGACGCCCUCCCCAAGCUCAAGCAU